AUGGCCAGCCAAACGCCUCUUCCCCGCGUUUCCAUCCAGUUUUGCACGCAGUGUAAAUGGAUGCUAAGAGCGGCCUAUUACGCUCAAGAGUUACUUUCCACAUUCUCUACAGGUCUCGGUGAAGUCGCUCUCCAGCCUUCCACUGGCGGUACCUUUAUCGUUACUAUCACCCACCAAACUCCCGAGGCUGAGACUGCCUCUACAAAGACUCUCUGGGACCGACGUGAAGAUGGCGGCUUUCCCGAGACAAAGGAACUCAAGAGGAGAGUGAGAGACGUCAUUGAACCGAACAGAGAUCUGGGCCAUGUAGAUAAGGACUAUGGAAAGAAGAAGGAUGAGGGCAAGAAGGAGGAUGUAGUCGAGGAAAAGACAACUGACACCGAGCAGAAGAAAUGUGAGGACUGUCAAUAA